UCUCUAUUUGCGCGUCUCUUUUCUUCUUCAUUUCUCUAUCUCUCUCUUCGACUCUCUCGACAACAGACAGUCUCUCUCUUCUGUUUUCUUACACAAGCCUAAACCGCCAAAGGCUCCCUUGGUCCACUUGAUGGUUAGGGUUUCUUAGGCAUCUCUGCGCUAUUAGGAUGUUGCUGGAAAAUCCUCCUUCGCUGCUGGGAGCCCUGAAUUCCAAUCUUAGGGACCUUUUCGUGUCACCCAUGGCUUGAUUCAAUAGUUUUUUCCUUCCGUACGGUGGUGGCAGUUUUGAUAUGGAAAUGUAUGAUGUUUCUGAAACUAGAAACCCAGAUUCUUGCUUGAUUGAAGGUGCUGUUUUAAACUCACAUUUGAGGAGCCCAAAUCUUGAACGAUCUGAAGUCAUGUAUAACGAAGGAGUCCCUGAAUUUGUUGUUGAUCAGAACAUGUACUACCCUGCUGCCACCAAUUAUGGGUAUUACUGUACAGGAUUUGAACCACCCGGUGAAUGGGAGGACCACAAUAGGAUUUUUGGUGUAGAUGGUCCUGAUAUCCAGUAUACGGGUGCUCAGAAUGAAAGUAUGCCUUAUGUAUAUUAUACACCUAAUUAUGGAUAUGCACAGUCUCCAUACAAUCCUUACAAUCCUUACAUUCCUGGUGCUAUGAUAGGAGUUGAUGGCCCGUUUGGAGGGGCACAUCAGUAUUACACCCUCCCCAAUUAUCAAAACCCUGUUUCUUCACCUGCUUACAUUCCUCUUGUUGUUCAACCGGACAUUUUUCCUGAUAGUUCUGUUGACUCCUUGUUCGAGAUUGGUGCUUCUGGCGGUAGAUCUGAUGGAAGAGGUUUGAAACAUAAGUUCAAUCCAGCUUCUGGUGCUGUUAGUAGGAACUCUUCAAAAUAUUUAUCAAAUCAGGCAAGUUCCUUGACCAGGGUAUCAGAAGGCCCUAGAGCUAAUGCUAAUGGGAAGCAAGCUGUGACACAUGGAAGUGUUUCUGGCCGUGGUUUUCUCAACUUGGCUUCACCUGUUCAUCAGGCUAGAGGAGCUGGUGCCUCAAUCCAACCUGUAGAUAAUGUUUCAAACGAGAAUGCUUUGUCUCAUCAUAAUCAAUUGAAAGCGGCUCUUCCUUCAAAUACUGAAUCUUCUGACUUUGGUUCUAGUGCUAAUGGGCUGUCUACAGUUGGUAAAUUUAGACCAAAGAUUCCCAUUAGCAAAGUGCCGAAUGAUGUAAAUGGAAGUUUUGAUGCUUUGGGUGAACAAAAUAGAGGUCCUAGAAUCAAUAGAUCAAAGCAUCAAUUGACUGUGAAGGCCUAUACAACCAAGGCGGGAGACAGUAAUGCACAGGGGAACAUCAUGAUUUAUACAGAUCAGUAUAACAAAGAUGAUUUUCUUCUUGAAUAUGAAAAUGCCAAGUUCUUUGUCAUAAAGUCAUACAGUGAGGAUGAUGUUCACAAAAGCAUUAAAUAUAAUGUCUGGUCAUCUACACCUCAUGGAAACAAGAAACUGCAGAGUGUUUUUGAAGAUGCAAAGAAAAUAGCCGGGGGAAAAUCUGGAGGCUGUCCUAUAUUUUUAUUUUUUUCUGUCAACGCCAGUGGACAAUUCUGUGGUGUUGCAGAGAUGGUAGGUCCAGUUGACUUUAACAAAGAUAUGGACUUUUGGCAGCAGGAUAAAUGGAGUGGCAGCUUCCCUGUAAGGUGGCACAUCAUCAAAGAUGUGCCUAAUGCAAAUUUUAGGCACAUUAUACUUGAGAACAAUGAGAACAAGCCAGUCACCAAUAGUAGAGAUACUCAAGAGAUAAUGUACAAAAAAGGUAUGGAAAUGCUGAAGAUAUUCAAAAAUCAUAAUUUGAAGACAUCUUUGCUAGAUGACUUUAUGUAUUAUGAAAAUCGUCAGAAGAUCAUGCAGGACGAGAAAGCCAAAUUGCUUAUGAAAAGUUUCGAGAGUCCAUUGUUCAUACCAACAUCAGAACCACCUCGGAAAUUAAAUAAUGUUGUCGAGACUCUGCCUGACAAAGUUGAGGAGAUUUCUAAGCUGAUUAAUGAUUCAAAUGGCUUUGAUGAGACUUCAAAUUCAAGCUCUGGGCAGAUUGUUAUUAAUCCUGAUGUUACCAGUUCACAAUCUGUGGAUGACAAGGCUAAUAAAAUUGCAGUUGACAGUGAAGAUAUUACCUCAACGUUGAAGAUCGGUUCAGUUACCAUCACCCCAAAACCGGUUGAUCCUAAACCGCCUGCAGUUGGUCUUGCUAACAAAGAGCCAACUGAUGUUCUAACAGUUGGCUCCAUGCAAGUCAAAGUCAACGGAUAUGCUGGGUCUUCUGGGAUUUUGAAGGUCGGGAGUAUCCCACUUGAUCCAAGAGCGUUACAACUGGAUAAAGGAGGAUCAUCUGUUAAGAAUGCAUCUCAACGUUAAUGAUGGGCCAUAACAGUGCUAUUCCUUUGGUUGAAGAUGAAUUGAUGUCUGUCUGGUCGAUGCUUUACAAGUGCUAAAUACUUUACCAAAAAAAGGUGUCGCAAAAUACUUUGCCAAAAGAAAAAGAAAAAAGAAGGGUCUGGAAGUUUGAGUUUCUUUUUCAUCUUUUGUAGUUCUCUGUCUUCUUUCUCUGGUUCAGUCCCCACCAUUGCUAGUUACUGUGUCAUUCUGAUUUCAAAGGGAUCUGUGCUCACGGUGGUGCUGCCUCUGAAAGCGAGUAGUGGUGCUGCCUCCGAAAGCGAGUAUGAUACAGCGUAACUUUUCUUGCGUUUUACCUUGCUGCGGUUAAGAUACGAGUGAAUUUAUUGUUUCUUUUUGUUGCUGUUUCAUCCAAAGCCAUACUCGACGUUAGUUUGAACUCUCUGUAACUUUCUUCUCUGUGCUUACUAUUUGCAAAGAUUGUCAUUCUGUUUAUUCCCUAAAUUUACCUUACAUUGUUUUGCUGAAGAUGACGGAACGUAAUGGAGAGAUUUAUUUCAAAGAAUUUAAUUUACCGGUAGUUCUUAUUUA